UAACAAACAAAUGACCCAGGUAAACAUGUUGUGAUGGUAAGAGAUUAGUCAUGACGCUUAAAGAAGAAAAAUUCUAUAAAUGCAAAACAAUAAAAUUUUUGCAUGACAAUAUUUAGAUAUCAAAAUAAUCGAGUAAAUGAACACUGUAGAGAUUAAACAAUCCCACCAGCGCCGCCCCCCAUAUAGUAAACAAUCAAGAUGGAGGCCUAGGUGAGGGGGCGGCAGGAGGAACAUGUCACACCGCCUCCUCAUUUCUCCAUUUUCCUGCAGCUGACGUCUCAUGAGGGCUCGGAUUCAACCAAAACAAUGGCCACUGCAUCUGACGCGGAGUCGGAGCCCCGCAGGAGCCACCACAGUAAUGACUGGGAGGAGUUUUGUGACAAGCAGGCAAGAAUGGCCGCCGUCAAAUUUGUGAGAUCGUGGAAAGUGUUUAUCGCCUUGCAGUCUCAGUUUAGGGAUAUAGAUCACAAGGACUUGGCGCAAAAAUUCGCCGAGAUUUUUCCUGUCCACUUGGAACAUGCCCUGCGGAAUCCCCCCAACGGCGUCAAGGUGCGGAAUGGAGUGGGAGGGGGCGGCGGGGGCGUGAGCACUAGGUCGGCGUCAGCUGAUGACAUCCUAGAGGCAGCUGAAAGUGAUGAGGGGGGCGAGUCUCCCUCCCCUAAGGUUACUCACAGGCCAUUCUUCCGUCGUCUGUCCUUCAAAGGACUGAAAAAGGGCAAAAUUUUUCACAAGCAGCACUCAGACGAAGUGGAACUCUCGCCUCACCACGAGAAGCAGGCCAAGGGAGAGAGGCCCAAGGCACGUGUGAUGAAGGUGGCAGUGGAGUGCGUGAGGGAGGGCCCGGCACACCUUCUGGCCGGAGACACUCAAGAGGGGCGCCCACACUGGCUCAAGUGUCGCAUGGCCCUCGUCAAAGUGGCUGCUGGGCACAUGCUUGAGUUCUAUGCGCCGCCAAAAAGUAUGAAACCUCGCACAGGGGUGUUUUGCAUAUCAAUAAAUGAAGCUCGUGAAACUACAGAUUUGGAGAUGCCAGACCACAGAAACACAUUUGUUAUCAAGGCAGACAAUGGCAGUGAGUGGGUGGUGGAGGCCCAAGAUCAGGAAGAUAUGAAGACUUGGCUCACCACUAUUGUUGCCCACUGCUGUUCCAAUGACAAAGAACAGUCCAAAAACUAUGAGCUGCGACCACAAAUGUACAGUGUAAAGAAUGAAUCAUCUCAGUCAUUAGCUGGUGGUGGGGAGGUGUCAGAGCGGCAAGAGCAUCCUCCAGACCUUCCUCCCAGAGUCCCUGGUACCACCUCCCCCAGUUCUCAGCAGGCUUCUUCUCUCAUAGUGGCCAGACAGAACAAUUUCUCCCGGUCUCAGAAUGGACUUGGAGACUAUUCCAAUGAAGAUGCAGUCAACCUCCGUGUGCCUCCAGAGGUGGACUUUUAUUCCACCCUUCGGGACUACCCUUGGUUCCAUGGAACACUCUCACGAUGUGAUGCAGCCUCAGCUGUUCUGCAGGAGGCAGUGGCUGGCCAUGGGGUCUUCCUCGUCAGGCAGAGUGAAACAAGGAAGGGGGAAUAUGUACUUACCUUUAAUUAUCAGGGAAGAGCAAAGCAUCUGAGAAUGACUAUCAACCCAGAUGGAGCUUGUAGGGUCCAACACUUAUCGUUUGCUACAAUAUUUGACCUCUUAGAAUACUUCCGUGACAACCACAUCCCACUGGAGUCUGGAGGGACAUCUGAUGUCACUCUAUCUGAAUUUGUUAUAGCUGCUGAUUAUACAGCACAGUCUAGCCAGGGUGGAGCUGAACGCAGACCUCUGAACCUCCCCGACACCCGAGAGGUCACCACUCAUGGGGGAUCAGUGCGCAUGACCACCUCUGCACUAGAGAGACUCCAGUAUGAACAAAGCAACUCAGGUGGGUCUGCUGGGAGGGCUGUGGAGAAUACUUAUACUUUUACCUGAAGACAUCUUAACUGAAGCCUCUUGGGGAUACUACUUAAUACUCAGUAAGUGGCAGGUUUGUGUACUUAUCAGCAAAUUCUGAGUUUCCUCAUAAGAAGGAAUAUUGAAACAUCUGUCUCAGAAAAUAAGGAUGAGGUAUGUCUAAGGGCAGCUUGAAGUGUGCAGUGAAUAGUUAUGAAGGGUGCACACACACCAAGGUUUGUCCUGCAGAAUUCACCUAUCCAAAAACUGAUAUACUCGGAAGACAUUUUCAGGUAAUGUGGUUUUCAGGUUGUGUUUUAUAAGUACUGUCACCCUUUUUACAAUGAGUGUGUUGUGUAAUAAUGCAGACUCUGGCAUAUGGUUGCAUUAAAGAUAAUGCUUGUUAAGUGAAAAUGUAUAAGAACUGCACAGAUAUUAGUCAGUCAUGAAGUGAGUUGUGAUUAGUCAUCUUUAAAGUGGAGUUGUAAUAUAAACUGGAUUAUAAGCAAAUGGCACUGGUGGUAGCUAUCCCUUUGGAAAACAUUCAAAGGCAAUUAUCAUGAAAACAGUUCUUCCACUUUUAUAAUGAGCACAAAAGUCUAAUGAAUGAAUGAAAAUGCUCAAAUGUAGUCAGUCUCUAGUAUUUGACACAAAUUUACUUUGAAUAUCUGCAAAGACUUAAAUUGUCCUCAGAAGAAAGACUUAAGAUAUUUCUUUUGCUCACUCUAGUUCAUGUUGAAACAAGCCGCAGGGAAAUCAAUGCUGCUUUUAGUUUAUUCAGGUCACCUGUUUUCUUUAGAGAUGGCUUAGGGUAGCAACAUAGCACCACAGGAUUUGCUAGUUUCUAAGUUUUAUAUGUGGCAGUGCAUCACAGAAGCAGAUCUGAUUCUCCUUUAGAGUUCCAAUGUCACAUGGAUAUACUGUUGACCUGCAUAUCAUUUAAUUUGAGGAUAGUAGAGUUGAUGUGUAUUUAUUUUUAAGUGACAAUUUUUAUUCAUUAUAGAUUGAUUCCUGUCACAUUACUACAUACAUCAUUAGGAAAUUCUCUCAAACUCUACUCUACUACUUACUUACUUUUAUUUUCAAAUGAGUGUUCAUUGUGUCCUUAUUCACAGUAGCCCAUGAUUUAUGAAUCAUUGUAUACAUGUAUGCUCUGAUGUUUUAUUUGUAGCCCUCUGUUGGUGUAUGCCUAAUUAUAAUCAUAAAAGUUACAGUUGUGGGUAUAAUCAAGUAUAUAUUGAUAUGCAGUUAAAACAUGAUAUGCUGUAGUACUAUCCUUUGUCAUAUUUCAAGAUCUCAAUGUGAAUUUAGUUUAUGCUGUGACCUUCAUGAUCCUCUUAUGAGUAUCCUGUGCUGGUUGGUAGUGGAGGAUGACCAGCAGGACUAAAGCCUGGGGGGAAUUCAGUGACAAGUGCCACAUACUCAGCUUUUCAUUUAUUUAUUUAUUUUUAUUUAUAUAUUUAUCUAUUUAUUUAUUUUUUAUGUCAAAUGAUACCUGUAUAUACAUGUGAUUUUUUUUUUAUUUAUUUAUUUAUUUAUUUAUUUAUUUAUUUAUUUAUUUAUUUGUUUAUUUAUUUAUUUUAUUUUAUUUUUUUUUUACCAUCUUGCUGCCAUCAUAACAUGCCAUCAUAAGUUCUUUACAAGGUGUAUAUGCAGGGCACCCUUGUUAUUCACGAGUUCUUUUUUUUUUUUUUUACAAAUUUUGAUUAAUUACAAAAUUCUUCAAUGCCUUGAAAAUAUUGAAAAGAGAAAUGUAAAGAAAUAUCUUCCAUUGCUUUGAAGCUCAUUGUUAAUGCAAUUUUGAAGAUGUUAGUUAUUCAAUCAUCAAGACUGGAUGAACAUUGAAAGGGGGAAAAAUAAACCACUUCUAUUGCUCUUUUCUAAACUCAAAUGCUCUUGAGCCGGUGGCCUGAUCCCCAUAUCCAAACAGUUCCCUCAUUCAGGUGCAUAUGAAUAUAAAUGGUUGGAGCUGAUCAGCUAAUAUUGUGAGUGGUAGUAGUAAUGAUGUCAUUGCAGAGAGGAGUGCUGCAUUGGAGAUAUGUAAAUAGAGGUGACCAUCAACUCUAGCAUGGGUUGAGAAUUACACAGUAACUCUUCUCUUCUUCAGUGGCACAAUGCCAUUUGCAUUCUCGCAUGAAGAGACUAAUGCAGAUAUGUCAGUAAUUAGCCUGUUCUCACUGAAGUGUAAAUGCUUAACUUGGCCAGUUUUGUACUUUUGCUUGGAAAAUGUACCUCUUUAUAGACCAAUUUUAAAAUGCUUAUAGAAAUGUUAUUGAAAUUUUCAGUUGAUUACUUUCACAAGUACUGAAGGCAUAAGAAGUUAUUUCAAUUACUAUUCAUAAUUUUUAAUUAUUGUUUCAAAACAUGCUUAUAAAAGCUAGGAAUUCUACUGCUUUUUUCUGGUAGAAGAAAAUUUGUCCCAAAAUUUCUACCUGUGGUACAAUAUUUUCUUUAGUAUGAAACCAAAACAACAACAUAACAGUGACCACCACAAGACCUCAGAGCAUGUACUACACUCCACUCACUUAAAUUUUGAAAUGGAAAUGCUAUAACAUUUUGGUUUCAAUAUAGAUAUACAGAUUAUGAAUUACAUUGUUACAGUGGUGCCUUGGUAUGUGUCCUUAACCCAUUCCAGAUCCUUGGACUUAUACCAAACAAAUUUUUCCACAAGAAAUAAAAAAAAUUAUUGAUCUGUUCCCAUGAAAAAAAAAAUAAAAUCCUGUUGUUAUUGGCAUAUACAGUACAUUGAUGGGAUUGUAUAAAAUGAUUUAAACACUGCUUGAUACUAUAAUACAUACUGUAUUUGAUGGCAUAUAAGACACACAGGCAUAUAAGAUGCACCCCCAUUUCAGCAAGGCUUAUUCAGGAAAAGUUUUUGUAUGUAUUUAAGCAUGUAAUAUUUAAAACAAGCUAGCAAUACAGCUGAACAAAAAACAAAUUCACAACAGUAAAAAUAUCCUACAUGAUUACAGUAAUAAAACAGAGGUAGUGGCCUAGUCAUGGAGGCAAGGUGAAGAAAGUAGCUCCGCUGCUGAGGUGUCAACAGCAUACUUGGUGCAUCACUGAACAGGGCUGUGUUUUAUUUUCAAGAUUUCCUUACAUAAUGGUUGAAAAAUAUGAUAUACCAUCCUUGCUUAUAAGAUGGUGGUGUAAAUCUUCAGGUGUACAGGUGAAAGAAAUUUCAAAAUUAAAUCUAGAGGAGGCCUCACAUUUGCAAAUAAGAUGCAGGGUAAUUUUUUGAGCCAUUUUUAUGAAAAAAAAUGUUAUUGGUUGGAAGGAGAGUCAUUAACUUUCUUUGAAUUCAUGGUUAAUGAAUUUACAAAAAAAAAAAAAAAAAAAUCACGAGUUAUAGCACGGGUUGUUUACUGAAUGGUAGCAACAGGCAUAGGCAGUUGUGACUUUGUCUCAAGAGAGAUAAACAAGGGUAGCAUGCGGUGUUGUGACACAUUUUGACCAAUACAAAUUCUAGCACACAAGUCAUAUUCCAAACAAAGGUUGUAUACCAAGCAAAUUUUUUCACUUCCAAACAGGACGUGUACCAAGUUGGACUUAUUCUGAAGCGGAUGUAUACUGAGGUACCACUGUACUGUAUAAAUAUUAGAAAGAACAAUGGGUUCAGAUAAUAUGUUUUCAGUUCAGCCUUAAUGCUUACCUCCCCAACCAAGACCAUGAAUUAAUUUUUUGUACAUCUGACAGAAGAUGACAUAACUUAAUUUUAGUUAAUAUCUUCACAGGUUGAAUAUGGCAGUAAGAUUUUUAGGUGGAAUAAGUUUACUUUAAAAAUGGUAAAAUUGGAGGCCCAUUGUUAUAUCUCACUCAUACUUGUGGAAAAAUUAUUUUUGUGUUGGUUUUAUCUUACACUGCAAUAGAGGCAGUUUCAUUAUGCCCACAUAAAUAUAAAUUUAGUUAUUAAGAACAUGCUUUAAAUUUUUUUACACUUGUUUUUACAUAGUAAUUGUAGGAAUUUGCAACCUCUACAGACCACCUACACUAAAAACAGGCAAAUAAGCAAAAUAUAGUUAUCUUUCUUUUAAAGAAUCCUAAAUUUUAUAGUAUUUUAAAAGAAUCUGAAGUUUUGAUCACUAAUGGUCAUUCAAGGAUAAUGAUGUUCAUGCUCUGUGUCCUUAGAUAUUGUUAUCUUUAUUUGCACAAACUGGCAAACUUAUUAGCUUUAUGCUUUGUUUAGUAAAAGAAAUAGACUUUAUGCAAUGCAUUCUAUCAGUAUAACUGGAAAAAAAAUGUGUUGCUUACAUGACAUGUGUUCAUCUAUUUAAAUAUGUAUCACACACACACACACACACACACACACACACACACACACACACACACACACACACACACACACACACACACACACACACACACACACACACACACACACACACACACACACACACACACACACACACACACACACACACACACACACACACACACAUAUAUAUAUAUAUAUAUAUAUAUAUAUAUAGAGGGUACUCUUGUAUCAGAUACUUUGUUCUUAGAAUGAUGCAUAAACUCCAAAUAUUGAUAGUAUUAUGAUGGUGCUUCUUGUCCUGGUGCUUGUGAUGAAUCUAACCAUUUUUAUUUUUUUCAAUUUUAUUCCCUUAGGAGCUUCAUAAUACCUUGGAAUUAUUUCUUAUGUUACACUAUAUCAGUAGUCUAACAAUGUCAUUCAGAAAGACUACAAAGCGGACAGUGCUUACUAUUUGUUACUUGGUGAACAAAGGCUAUAUCAUUAAAGAAAGUGAGUAUAGUCUUUGUACGUCUUAUCACUCCUGUAUGCACUAAAUGCUACAUGUUGGACCCAAACUGUAGUACUGUAUUGCAUAUUUAUGUUAUUCAUAGUUGUGAAUAUUAAGGGUGCCUCUGUGUGAGUGUGUGCAUGGUAUGUGUCUCCCUGUGCAUGUGUUAAUGUGUCUACACACACACACACACACACACACACACACACACACACACACACACACACACACACACACACACACACACACACACUCAUUGAUUUUGCAUGAUUAUUUACAGUGGUUACACUUUCAUGAGUGGUGGAAUAUUAAGAUACAUUUCAUAUUUUUAUUUGUAUUCUCACUUAUUAUGUUUGCACAUUUCAUAAAAAGUGACACAUAGGUUAAUAGUGAUUCAUAACUUAAAAAAAAAAAACUGGUAAUAGUGUUCAUUAUCUUUUAGAAGUCUUGACAGAGAUCUUGAUGCCAUUAUUUUUUGGUGUUAUUGUAAUAUCUUUUGUUUCCUUUUUUGACAUAUGUAGUCAAGAGUUUAUAAUUAAUUUUGGUUCAAUUAUGGCCAAGCAUAAUGCUCAACAUGAUUAUUUCUCUUGACAACAGUUUUCACUUACAGGUUUAGAUUUUUCUUAGUUCUUUUACACUUAACCCUUAUGUAAACAACAAAAAUGCAAUGUUAAUGGAAAAAGUACCUCUUUGCUGCCAUUUGACAAAAUAAGACACCUAAGGGGGCAAGUUAGGUCAAGCUCUUAUGCUGCAACAUUUUGAUAACUGCUUAAUUUGCUAUGCAUCUUGUGAACAUGGAAAGCUAACCCUGUUUAUGAUUUUGUGAAUAGCCUAUUUUAAGAGUUUUUGCAGCAUUGAUGUGUACACAUUUGGAUUGGUACCAGUUUACAUGUUUAUAAUACCUUGUAGGAUGGAUAGGGUAUGUGUGUGUGUGUGUGUGUGUGUGUGUGUGUGUGUGUGUGUGUGUGUGUGUAUUUACCUAGUUGUGGUUUAUGAGAGGGGAGUAAUCUCAUAGUAUCCCAUCUCUGUAUCUAUCCAGUUUGGUCUUAAAAGCAUGGACAGUUAUGGCAUUGACAACAUCUUCACUGAGUUCAUUCCAUUUGUUCACACUUCUGUGAGGAAAACUAUACUUUUUGAUGUCUCUUCUACAGUUAUCUUUCUUCAGCUUCUUACAGUGUCCCCUUGUACUCUGUGUCUAAAUUUAUAAACAUUCUUUGUCCACAUUUUUCAUACCAUUUAUCAUUCUAUAGAUGUUUAUUAAAUCCCCUCUCUCUCUCCCAUUUUCAAGGGUAGGAAUUUCCAGCAUUCUUAAUCUCUCUUCAUAGGUUGACUUACUCAACUCCAGAACCAUCUUAGUGACUGCUCUUUGUACUCUUUCUAAUUUUAUAAUAUUCCUCUUUAUAUGAGGAGACCAGACAACUGCUGCAUAUUCUAAUCUUGGUCUUAUCAUGGAAAUCAAAAAUUUUUUUUACCAUUCUUUCAUCUAAAUAUGAGAAUGCCAUUCUUAUUCUUUUUAACAAAUUCAUCAUCUCCAGUAAUUUUAUCAAUAUGUCUGUCUGGAGUCAAAUUUUCAGUAACUGUUACUCAUAAAUCCACUUCUUAUGAUUUCUGUUACUUCACAUCAUCCAUCUCAUAAUGAUAUUGUAUUCUUUUCUUACUCUUACCAAACUCCAUUACUUUACACUUACUUAAAUUGAAUUCCAUUUGCCAAGAUUUGCUCCAUCUAUUUAUCUUAUUCAAAUCAUCUUGCAGUACCAUACAGUCAUUUACAUUUUCUACCUUUCUCAUCAGCUUACCAUCAUCCGCAAAUAAGUUUAUAUAACUGUCUAUUUCUUCAUUUAUGUCAUUCACAUAUAUUACAAACAUUAUCAGUCCCAACACUGAUUCCUGUGGGACACCACUAGUUACUUUCAGCCAAGAUGAAUUUUGGUCUUGUAUUACUGUUCUCAUCUUUCUAUCAUCCAGAUAAUCCUCUAUCCACUCCAGCAGUCUUCCUCCUAUUUUUCAAUAAUUUUUUAUCUGCCAUAGCAAUCUUCAGUGUGGUACUUUGUCAAAUGCUUUCUUCAAGUCUAAGUAGACACCAUCCACCCAUCUGUCUCUCUCCUGUACAAUAUCGACUAAAUAAUAAAAGGACAAUAAGUUCAUGGAGCAUGAUCUUCCCCUCCUAAAUCCAAAUUGACAAUUUACCAAAACUUUAUCACUUCCCAAGUGUUCCAUCCAUCUUUCCUUUAUUGUUCUUUCACAUAAUUUUCUUACAACACUACUCAAGGACACUGGUCUAUAAUUUAGUGGGUUUUCCUUAUUUCCUCCUUUUGAAUAUUGGUGCAAUAUUUCCUCUCUUCCAGUCUUUAGGUACUCUUCCCUGUGACAACAAUGUCACCACUAGACUGUGAAUUUUUUUCAGCCAGUUGUUCUCUAUAUUCUUUCAAUAUCCAGUUUGAUACUCCAUCUGGACCAGAUGCUUUAUUUACAUCAAGUUCUUCCAUCAUCUUAAGUAUUUCCCCAUAAAUGACUGGACUGUACUUGGUAUAUUCCUCACUAACUUAUCCUUCCAGCAUCAAACUCCCCUUCCACAGUAAAUACCAAUCUGAAACUAUUGUUCAUAACCAUGUCCUGUGCAUCCUCAUAGAUUUUUCCUUCAACUUUCAGUCUUGAUACUCCUUCCUUCUUCAUCUUCCCAUUAAUAUGUCUAAAGAACAGUUUGGGUUCAUUUAUACACUUAUCUAUUAUAUCUCUUUCAUAGUUUCUUCUCUCCAUUCUUAUUAUCUCAACAUACUUAUUUCUAGCAUCAGUAUAUUCCUCCCAUCUGCUCUCAGUUUUCCUCUUCUUCCAUCUAUUCCAAGCAUUUUGCUUAUAAUUUCUAGCCUCUUUGCAUUUUGUAUUGAACCAUUCUUUACUCUUUCUACAUCUUGCUCCUCCUCUAGGUACAAAUUUCUCCACAGCAGAAUUGUAUAUCCUUAUAAAUUAAUCCCAUUUUUCCUGAACAUCUGCGUCUUCAUAGUUUUUUCAGUCCACAACAGCAAAGAAUUUCCUUAAUUUUUCAAAGUCAGCUUUACUAUAUUAAAAUCUUUUCACCUUAUAAUUUUCAUCAGUGAUUACAUUUUCACUUUUCAAUUUAAAUUCCAUCAACACAUGAUUACUUUUAUCUAGUGUAUAGUUUCAAUAAUUGCCAUGUCCUUGGUAAACACUAAAUCAAGUCUUGAUGGGUUAUCUCCUCCACUAAAUCUGGUAUCACAAUCAACCCAUUGAGUCAUUAAGUCUUCCACAGCCCAGUUUAACAUAAGAACAUAAGAAAUAAGGGAAGCUGCAAGAAAUAACCAGGCUUACACGUGGCAGUCCCUGUAUGAAAUAUACCUACCUAUUUCCAUCUAUCAUCCUCAUCCAUAAACCUGUCUAAUCUUCUCUUAAAGCUCCCUAAUGUCCUAGCACUAACAACAUGAUUACUGAGUCCAUUCCACUCAUCUACCACUCUAUUUGAGAACCAAUUUCUUCUUAUCUCUUUCCUAAACUUAAAUUUUUCAAGCUUGAACAUGUUAUUUCUUGUUCUAUCCUGGUUGCUGAUCAUAAGAAUUUUGCUUAUAUCCCCCUUGUUAUAAAGACUUCUAUCAGGUCCCCUCUUAACUUACAGUCUAUUACUCCAUGAGUUCUCACUUCCAGUAGUUGUCAAUGUCUCCCAAUUUAUCUCCUUACAAUUAAAACCACCAACAAUAACUAUAUCACUAAUUUCCAUCACUCUCUUUUCAAGACCUUUCAACACAUCUACUAACAUCUCUUUAUGCUCUUCUUUUCUCUAAGCAUUGGUCAUAGGUGGCACAUACACUCCUACAUAAUUCAUUAUCCUUCCAUUUCCACUUCUAAUAAUCACUUGUAGAAUUUCAGACUUGUCUUACCUCUUUAUUACCUUCUCCACUUUAACACACUUUUUAGUCAGAAUGAUCACUCCACCUCCUCCCUUGUCACUUCUAUUUUUCAUCCAUAAAUCAUAUCUAUUAUCACUAAUGUCUGGAGUUCCCCAUUCAUUUUUCCAUUUUGUCUCACAUAAUACAGCAACAUCCAAUGCAGUUCUGUUUAAUAACUCAUUUAAUUCCAUCUUUGUUGACAUUAAUCCAUUUACAUUAGUAUAACAUACUUUACUUAGUGCUUGAUGUACCAUUUCUUUAUUCUCAUAUCUCUUACUCUCUAGGAAAACUUCUCCUCUGUUCAUUGUUCGUCUUUUUGUUUGCCUCAUUUACCAGCUCCUUUUGCUUCAACCUUUCAAACUCAUCCAUAUUUCUGUUUAUCCAUACAUUCUUAUAUUAUUCAUCUGCACACAACCUCCAAGACCCAUUAAUUAGCUCUUCUGGUUGUAUGUGUUGCAAACCUUUAUCUUAUGGGUCUCAUUUUUUCUUCUUCAUAUUUCCCAUUUCUAUGGAACUUUCACUUGCUUUACUACCUGACUGUCUUCACCCAUCACUUUUUUCAGUAACUUAUUCAACAAGUUCUUUUCCUUUUCCUCUCUUUGAAUUCUGCUUACUAUUUUCUCCUCUAAACCAAAUACAAUUACUUGUUUAUAUUUUUCUACAGUGCUUUUCACUAAUUUUUCUCUUCUUUUAUAAUAUUUACACGUUCUGUUUCAGGUUUUGUUUCUCAUUUUCUUGUUCUAUUAUUUUCUUUAGUGAUUCUUCUUCAAAUUUAUGUUCAUUUAACCUCUUAUUUUGCAUCAUUUCCACAUCCUUAACACUUGCCUUCAUUUCCUCAUUUCCUUUCUGAACAGUUUCUACUUUUUCCUUUAUUUGUUUCCUUAAACAGUCAUUUUCCACCUUUAACUUCUCAUCUUUAUUUUCCAUCUCAUUCAGCUUUGCUGUAAUAGUCACCAACUCCUUACCUGUCUCCUUCUGGUGUGCCUCCAAUGUCUUUAUUCUCUCCAAUAACUUGUCCAUCAUUUCUUCCCUAUAGAAAAAUUUUUUACACUGCAGUUUAUAAUUUAGUUCUCUUUCUUCAGUAAAACCUUCAAAUGAACUUCUUUCUUUUGGAGUGGUGCCUUCCACCAUGUUUGUCCAAAAUGUGUGUGUGUGUGUGUGUGUGUGUGAGAGAGAGAGAGAGAGAGAGAGAGAGAGAGAGAGAGAGAGAGAGAGAGAGAGAGAGAUGAAUUGGAUAUGUGUAUCUAUAUCCACAUAUAAGGUAAAACUUGUUUAACUUCCAUUUGCAUCUACAUAACAUCCUCACCUACAGAAAAGAGAAAUGUGUACAUCAUAUUCAGUGCUGAUACUGAGCAAUAGGCAGGUGGUGUAAUUGAGACAGGAGGAAAGGAGGCAUGCUUUUGCACCAAGCUCUUAAAUUUGAAUUUUGAAUUGUUUUGAAAAACUAAGUCUCCUAAAUGCAUUUAAUAUUUCAUCCUUAGGACAUAGAUUGUACAUACCAGACAUUUGCUUUGCAAUUUGUCAAUGAAACAGUAUGUACGUAUGUAAACAGAAAGAGAGAACUGUAUAUGGCAAUAUCUUUACAUUGGAACCUUGGUUUUCGAACUUUAUCAAUUCCUGAAUUCUGUUCGAAAUCUGAAAUGUUUGGAAACUGAAAUUAUUUUUCCCGAUAAGGAUCAAUGUAAAAUGGAUUAAUCUGUUGCUGGACACCCAUCCACCCUUAACAGCUUAUGACAGAUGUUCCCACUGUCAAGGUGGCUGCUGCACAAUGUCUCCAGCUUGGAAAUAAUUUAUUCAGAAAGGAUAUAUUGAAUGAACUUAGUGACACGAAACUCAUCAGAAGAUAUUGUCACCGAUCUAGAGAUGAAAGCCUUACAAAGUGACACAGAGAGGAGCAACCCAGUUACUGCCAAAAUAAUGGUUAUCAUAACACUUAUACAUCUUGCUGCAGGGAAAAGCUUCUGGAAAAAUGCAAUUGUGCAAUAAUGAUGGCAUUGUGGGUCAUUGAGAGAACCACAGGUGGCUUAAGAUUACUUCUGGGCCAGCCGAAAACUGUUUGUUUAUGUUGAGGCUCUUCAACAGGAUCACAUUUACCAUAUUUCAAAGAUUGAAUUACUGUCUUACCCACUGUCUCUCCUCCAAAUACAUAAAAACAAAGGAAAUAUAAAUUUUAUAAAAACUAUAAGCAGCAGCUUUUGCUUUGUCACUUAGUAUUUGAAAUCAAGUAACUUUGUUCAAGAACUGGACAAUGGUACAGCAACCAAACCAAUUAUGAGUACAAUAUUUUGUUAGAAAACUGAUUUUUUUUUAAAAAAGAGAGGCAUUCAGUAACCAAGGUUCCACCGUACCUGCAGCUGUAAAGGUACAUUCUUUUGUUUAUUUUUAUUUGCAGCUACAAUUUUUUUUUAAAGUUAAGUGUGAUAAAAUCCAAAUGUAUAACCAUAUAUAUGGAAUUCCAAGCUUAGAUAUCCAGUUCAUCUUCCCUGUGUGUGUGUGUGUGUGUGUGUGUGUGUGUGUGUGUGUGUGUGUGUAUGUGUGUGUGUGUGUGUGUGUGUGUGUGUGUGUGUGUGUGUGUUUUGUUUGUUCAUUUGUUUGUUUUCAUUUGCAUGCAUGAGUUCAUACAACUACACUUUUGGGUGCACUACUGACAGUAUGAUUUAUAUAGAGAAGGGGGGAUAUUGUUACAAUCGAUGUGCAGGUAUCUAUUGUUUUCAGGAAUCUGUUGUACAAUGCAUAUUGAUAUAUUUUGUUGCAGAUUUCAACGUUCUUAUGAGACUGCAUUGUUUCUCAAUUAAAUCUAUUAUAUUAUGGCUUUAGUGCAGUUGCAGUAUAAAUGAUCAGUUUACUCAUUGUUCAUGGUCAUUAUACUAGAACUCUAACUGAUGAAAACUAUUAUAGGAUUGAAUUAUUACUAGGUAUUAUUAUUUUUUAUUGAUAUUUUAUGUAUAAUUGCUAUCAUGAAUUUUAUUAUUAUUAUUAUUAUUAUUAUUAUUAUUAUUAUUAUUAUUAUUAUUAUUAUUAUUAUUGUGGUUAUUAUUAUUAUUAUUAUUAUUAUUAUUAUUAUUAUUAUUAUUAUUAUUAUUGUUGUUGUUGAUAUUGCUGUUGUUGUUGUUGUUAUUCUUCUUCAUCUUAUUAUUAUUUUUUUUUAUUACUACAUAUCAUUAUUAUUUAUUAAUUUAUUUCUUAAUUUUUUUUUAUUACUUAGAUUUUACAGACCCUUUCUGAAAGUUUUUCACAUGACAUUGCUCUCCCAUAGUGCCCAUCUACUUGGAUGGGUAUUGUGUUUAGGAGUCAUCCACCUGUUGUCAUUUUUAGAUUGAUUUAUAGACCUUGAAUCCUCAAGUGAUCUCACAUAGCAUUGCACAUCCUUGCUUGUUAUUUUCUGCACACACCAGUGUUUUUGCAUCAUGUGUAGCUGCUCAAGUUUCAAUAUCAUAUACCAUUUUGUGUCUCACAAAUGAAGUUUAUGUUAGAUAUAGGUUUGAUCCCUUAUAGCUUUAGUAUCAAAUUUGUUAUCUCAUUUAUUCCACAAACUUUUCUAAAAGCUGUCUUGUUCAUUUUUUCACUUGUUUUUAAAAUUUUCAGUUUGAAUUGUUUGGACUUGACAUUCAACCUCAUAAAUAAUCUUCCCUGAAAGUGUGUGUGUGUGUACAUUCUUUCACAUCCUCAGUCCACCCUAUCCUUUCCUAUAAAUACUGUUCUAAUCUUUCUCUCUCAUUUGCAUAUAUUACAUCACUCCAAGCUACCUUUUAAACAAUAAGCCUUUUCUCUCUCUCUCUCUCUCUCUCUCUCUCUCUCUCUCUCUCUCUCUCUCUCUCUCUCUCUCUCUCUCUCUCUCUCUCUCUCUCUCUCUCUCUCUCUCUCUCUCUCUCUCUCUCUCUCUCUCUCUCUCUCUCUCUCUCUCUCUCUCUCUCAGAACAUGUCCACACUAUCUCAGUGUAUUUCAUUUAAUACAUUUAAAUUCCCACAGUUUACUCCUUUUUUCUAUUUUCAAAAUCAUAUACACUUGAUUUUUGCAAAAAGAAUUCCCUCAUCUGAGAAAGUUAAUGUCCUCUAUCUUAAUCUAUCUUAAUCCUGUUACCCACCAUUUAACAUUUGUUAUUUUUCACAUCCAUAAAUAAUGUUAGUACAGAUAAUAAACCACGAUAAGAUUUAACAUGCAGUACAUUCUAAAAGUGCUUGCUUAAAAUAUAUUUUAUUUGCCUAAUAUCAAAAUGUUUAAUGAUCAAAAACUGUCCUAACAUAGUUAAGUAUUUUGAUAAACUGCUGUAUUUUUAGUGCAGUGUUCUAUCUAUUUUGUCUAUUUUUCUCUGACACCUUGCUUCAUUCAGGAAAAUCCUAGCACAGUGGCCUUCUCUCCUUAUCCAAACACUCCCUCCUUGCUUAUUGAAAUCCUGUACUAGCUUCUCAUAAUUUACCACAUCUCUCACACAUAUACUCUUACUUUUAAGUAUGUAUUCUUUUCUUCUUUCAUACAUAUCACAUCAUUGUAGUUAUACAGUUUUGUUUAAUUUCAGUAGUUCAGUACACUGACAGUGUUGUUGCUCUCAUGGAAACCUACAUAUUAUGCAUAAUAUACUACUAAAUAUUCAUGCAAGGCUGUGCACACACACACACACACACACACACACACACACACACACACACACACACACACACACACACACACACACACACACACACACAUUGAUUUCUACCCCAUGCAGUGUUACCCCUGCCUAUCACCUGGCUGGCUCAUGAUACAAAGGAUUUUCUAUUGAUGAGCCAGCAGGUACUGUCCUUCCUUAGCAAGAAGAUUGGGUGAAUGGUGUAUGAAAGGUCUCAGCCUUACCUAUAGAUCAGGCAUUUAUUAGCUCUAAGCUUUGUCUGGGAGGGUUUAAUUGGCAGUCAAGAAUCCAGCACAUGAUCUCCAAGACCAUGAUGGAUUACACACACACACACACACACACACACACACACACACACACACACACACACACACAUACAGGGUUAUGUUUUACAUAUAUGUGUGUAUGUAAUAUCAGUCAUCAGAGAGGGAUCAUAUAUUACUCAUAGACAAGCAUGUUAUAUUUUAUUUCACAUAUUAGAUAUCAAAGGUGUACUCAUUUAGAGUAUAAUAUCAUGUGAAAUAUUUAGCAUUCAACAUGGUCUGCAUAUACUUUUUCUAUAUUAUUGUUGUUGUUAUUUAUUAUUUUUAUUAUUAUUAUUGUUAUCAUUAUUAUUAUUGUUAUUAUUAUUAUUAUUAUUAUUAUUAUUAUUAUUAUUAUUAUUAUUAUUAUUAUUGUUAUUAUUAUUAUUAUUAUUAUUAUUAUUAUUAUUAUUAUUAUUAAUUUUUAUUUAUUAUUAUUUUUUGGUAUGUGAACUGUGUGAUAUCAAAUGUGGAAGUGUUAGUUACCAAACAGCUUUGCCAGUGCUCAAAUAGAAGGCAUUUUUGUGAAUUCUCCUCUUAUCCCCUCAGCCCCUCCCCCCCC